GAGCUUGAAGUAAGAUAUAAGGACCGCUAGGCGAAUGCAUCUUCACUCUAUCACUGAGUAUACCGACGAGUGCUACGAUGAAGACUGCUUUGAUUGCCCUGCUCGCCGCCACUCUGCCCUUUCUCUGCUCCGCAGAGUGUGGCGUGAAGCCUGGUGGGAGCCGUAUUGUUGGAGGGACCGAGGCCCCCAUUAACGGGUGGCCGUGGCAGGCGAUGCUUCUUCGAUCUCCCAAUGGGGACCAGUUCUGCGGGGGCUCGCUCAUUGACCCCGGAUGGGUGCUUACGGCAGCGCACUGUCUGGUGGGAGAACAACCCGAUUCCGUCGUUGUGAGACUGGGAGCACACUACAGAUCCAACACAACAGUAGGCACCGAAAAAGACAUCAAAGUCGCCCAGAUAAUCCCCCACAAAAACUACCACUCCCCAAUUGAGAUGGCUAAUGAUAUCGCACUGCUGAAGCUAGAAAAUCCCGCCUAUUUGGGUAAUGGUACGGGUACAGUGUGCUUGGCAAAUAACAACACUCACCUCCCUGUGGAUGAAUUUGGAAAGUGUUAUAUUACUGGUUGGGGAUCACUGUCUUCGAAUGGAGCUGCUCCUGAUAGGCUGAUGCAGGCUUCCGUUCCGUUGGUUUCCAAAUCUCGCUGCGACACUGGUAAUUACACAGGAAAGAUACACGAGAGCAUGCUGUGCGCAGGCCUGGAACAAGGGGGUGUGGACUCGUGCCAAGGCGACUCGGGUGGACCGCUGGUCUGUGAGGACACAAACGGGCGCUGGCACCUGGAAGGAGUUACUAGUUGGGGCUAUGGCUGUGCUGCUCCUCGAAUGUACGGCGUCUACGCGAGCGUGCGUUACUUGCGCGACUGGAUAAACGGAGUUAUGAAGGGUACUGUAACAGCACCCACAGCCCUACCUCCAGCACACACGAAUACACCUGCAACCCCAUUUCCCGGUGGUUGUAGGGACGAAAUCCCCGACUGCUUGGCGUGGAUGCCUGAAGUGUGUUCCGAGGGUGACGACUGGUCCAGUCUCUGCAGUAAGAGCUGCAACAAAUGCUGAACUACUAACAGUCAGAUUGGAUAGCUUUUAAUUGCACACAACCAAGACAAAUAAACGAUUAAAGCAUUGAAAGAAAGA